UUAUUAAGGCAAUUAGCGCCCCGCGGUUUUAUUCGCGAUCCGCGACUUUUUCUAAUUGGAAUGAAUCCUAUUGCGACACGCUUUCCUAUUGGGUCCGACUCUUUCCUGUAGUAGUAGGGAUUCACGGGUUCUGGCUCAUUUCCCCGCCUGCUCCACCUGCCCGCCCCUGCCCCCUCCGAGGCGCUGUCUUUAGCGAUCCUGCAAAAAGCUCGCCGCGAAUAAACUUUAUUAAGGCAAUUAGCGCCCCGCGGUUUUAUUCGCGAUCCGCGACUUUUUCUAAUUGGAAUGAAUCCUAUUGCGACACGCUUUCCUAUUGGGUCCGACUCUUUCCUGUAGUAGUAGGGAUUCACGGGUUCUGGCUCAUUUCCCCGCCUGCUCCACCUGCCCGCCCCUGCCCCCUCCGAGGCGCUGUCUUUGGCGAUCCUGCAAAAAGCUCGCCGCGAAUAAACUUUGUAUACAAGUAAGUACCUAUUGUGUAGGUAGAAUAUUAUCGGUUGAUUUUAAGCAUAUCUACUAACCACUCCUCCUCGCGUUGCUCGUCGUCGCACCUACCUACAGGCUUUCAUUAAGUAUGAGUGUGUGACUGUUAUUUGAAAUAACAUGGUAUCCAAUGGAUAAUAUUUAUCAGCCUUACUUCAUUCAAUGCAUUACUAGCGACUGUAAUAAUUAAAAGACAUUAUUACUGGUGAAUUAAACAUCCAUCUCCGUGUCUUUACUAAAUAACAUAAAGCGUAAACACUUGUACGCAGUGGCUGAUAGCGUUAUAAACCGAGUUCUAAAAACAUAGUUAUGUAAAGUGAAAUCAAUAAUUAUACGUACCUACAUGCAAACAUUACGUUUUUUUUCACCCACCAACGGUUCGAUGCCAAGCAUUUGUCCUUAAGUAGGUAAUAUUUUUUUGGUAAGCAUCCCAAAACAAUAAAUAACUCCAGAUAUGUCGCGCUUUGGGUGUUCGAUGCUAACCCUAAUCAAUCACUCAAUAUAAGUGCAAAGGUAAUAUAAAAAAUACUGUGGGCUGGCGUCUGAAAUAAAAAAAACACUAGCUUGUACAUACGUGUCUGCGCGAAGUGUUAUGGGAAUAUCAAUUUUAUUUGUAUGCCGAUAAAGGAAUCAAUGUGGGAUUUUAAAAAAUGAACAAGUCUCGACCAGUUUUCACCUAACACAGAUGUGUUUGGUUUAAUCUCGAUAAAGAUUGGGAUCGUGUACAAAAAAUACCCCCGAAAACCGCAUUCCGCGUAUAUAAAACGCGCUGCAUGUCAGAUCUCAAACAUAUCAGCCUGGCUCUCUACUGAGUGAGUUUAUAAUUAUUGUGUAUUGUGCUACAUAGAUACCUGCAGCGUCCAGACAUAUGAAUGUAAGUUAUGUUUUGUAUCUAAUCACUUUCCGUUGAAUAUGUAUAAUAGUCCAUUACUUUGUGUACAUUGCAUGUGAGUCAAAAGCACCUCAGUGUUUUAACUUACUUUUAUUCUUACCCGUAUUUUUUUGUGCAAGUAACACUAUAGUUAGUUCUCAUGGCAUAGUAGGUAAUUCGUUGACCCAUUUCAUCAGUAUUAAACCGUAACUUUACGCAUAUCUCUGCUUUCCACCCCCCCCCCAACAUAAGAUAAUGUGCAUCAUCUAUUUUUUACCGUAGUAAAACCAAGUAAAUUUAUUUGUUUUAGCCAUCAACAAUAAUUGACGACUGCGACUACACCAUGAAAAAUUACUAUUAUCCGAGCCCUAGUGAUGAUGAAAUACUAUCACCAUCACUUCUCCUGAAAAAACCGACUAAACGGAUUCACGAAAAUAUUGAUUCAUAUUUUGAAACUCCCUCGAAGAAAUCUAAGAGCAAAACAUUAUCUUCGACUGUCGGACGUGCUGCCUGCGGCGGUAUUUCAUAUAUAUCCACCAAUGAAGACGACGGAUCUAAAGCGUCACACCUCAUAAAAAUUGAAAUGUACGAUAUGAAAAAAUUGAAAGAUUUACCACCCAGCGAACAUUGGAAAAAAGCUGAUAUGCGAAUCAAGCUGUAUUGCACCUCUGAUCAUAUUCUUUUCCAUGAUACUAAUCAACUCAUGUUUUCUAUAACAAAACAAAUAGCUACAAAGACAGAUUGCAAAAAAUAUUUUCUCGAGACAUCGAAGUAAAAAUAAUAAUGUACCACGACCCCCGGCGCACAGACCACACACAACUGCUACACUACCGAGACGCCCCUCUAUUUCCUUCGUACUAUAUAAACACGCGACAUUGAACUGUGACUACACUUCCCUUCUCAAACUCAGCUGCAAACAUGGAUCUCUCUCUCGAUUCGUCAAGCUACGAUGCAGAGCUACUGAAGGCUUUAGCUGACUACGAAAAUCAGGAAACGUACAUUAACUGGAAAUGGAAGAAAAAGAAAAUGGGGUGAUGUCAUCACCCCUUCAACGUCGGCCGCUGCAACGAACAACGACCCCUCCCAGGCAGCCCUCCAGGCAACACCUCUAGAAGAAGAUACCCCUCCAGGCAACAAAAUUAAAUGUGAUGCGUGUCAAGUUCACAUUGGGAAGAGGUACUUUUCACGUCAUUUAAAUAGCAAAUUACAUAGGGAAAAGGUUUUAAGAAACCAUGAAACAUUAGAAAAUGUGAAAAUAAUUGAAAGCGCAUUUGGACAACGAGUGAAAUCCUAUCGUAUUCAGCUCGACUCAUCUAAUUUAAAUAGUUCUGUAUCAACAGAUUGUGUAAUAACACCCGAGGUAUACUUCGAAAAAAUUAAAAAUAAAAUAUUUAAACUACUAAGGGAUAACAUAGAUUGCCAUUCAUUCAUCAAAGUAAAUUUUGUUUUACACGCAGAAUUCAUUCAAAUCACUAAAGACUUAGUUAAUUCUUUCGAUUUCCAGGGGUAUAAUUAUAGUUUUUGCAAGGGGGAUGAUAUUGAGUUAGAUUUUGAACAAGUUGUUGUUGAGUUUUCCAACAAAUUAGGCGAAUUCGAAAAAAAGGACAGUGGAUGGAGUCUAAAAAAAAUCUUAUAUGUUGAUAUGAACGUAAAUAAAUUUAAUCCAUUGCGGGGCUCAUCAUAUAUUGAUUUACCAAUUGAUAUCAAACAUAAAAAAGCAGUACUAAACAUAAAAAACUCAGAUUAUGAAUGUUUUUCGUGGGCAGUGUUAGCGGGGUUAUACCCCGUAAAUAAAAAUGCAGAGAGAGUGGCAGCAUAUUUACCCAACAAAAACAAAUUAAAUUUUGGUGACAUAAAUUUUCCAGUAAAACUACGAGAUGUGAAAAAAUUUGAAAAUUUAAAUAAUAUGAGCAUUAAUGUUUUUGGAUUAGAAUACAAUAAUGAAACAAAGAAAAAUGAAAUCAUAGGCCCCUUACAUUUUACGAAACAUCGAAUGCCUACUCAUCUAAAUUUAUUAUAUUUAACAAAUGGCUCGAAUGGUCAUUAUUGCCUCAUAAAAAACAUGUCUCGAUUACUUAGCAAGCAGAUAACCACAUCAAAUGAAGCAAUUCAUAUUUGUGAUGGGUGUCUUUUACAUUUCUCAAACAAAGAGCAUCUCAAUCUGCAUCAAAAAAAUGAUUGCGUUAAUAUACGAACUGAAUUACCUAGUGCACGAAACACAAAACCCAACUGGUUUGGAGAGCACACGAGUAGUGAUAAGUUAAAAUUCGAUAAAUAUGACAGACAGAUGAGAGUGCCCUUUGUGGUGUAUGCAGACUUUGAAGCGUUUGUUACGCCAAUACCAUCAUGUGAUAAUGAUCCCGAGAAGUCGCAUACAAAUAACAUUCAAAAACAUAAUGUUUACAGUUUCGGUUACUAUCUAAAAUGUGCGUAUGAUGAUAAACUUUCCAAGUACCAAACUUAUAUGGGUGAAGAUUGCCCUAACGUAUUUCUAAAAUAUUUAAAAAAAGAUUUAGAGCUCAUAACUAAAAAAAAUUCUUUUGUUAAAUCACCUUUGCCAUUGACGGAUGAAGAUAAACUUAAUAUAUCUCAAAGUCAACAGUGCUAUAUUUGCAGUAAAGAUUUAAAUCAUGAUGCCACCAUUGAUCAUAAUUGGCACACUGGAGCUUAUAGUGGAGUUGCGCACAGCAUGUGUAGUUCAAAAUACAAUCCACCUAGAUUUUUACCUGUAUUUCUACAUAACUUAAGCAAUUAUGAUGCACAUUUUAUCGUACAUGCAUUAAACUUUGAUUCAGGAAAAAUCGAUAUUAUACCCCAAAACAAAGAAAAAUAUAUUUCUUUUUCUAAACAAAUUAAAGUGAAUAACCAUAAUGUUAGCUUGAGGUUUCUCGAUUCGUUUAAAUUUAUGGCUAGCAGUCUAGAUAAGUUGGCUCAAAAUUUGAGGUCUGAUCAAUUUAAUGAGCUCAAAAGAGUAUUUCCAAAGGAGGACGAUUUCAAACGAUUAAUAAAAAAAGGUAUAUAUCCCUAUGAAUACACCACGUCUUUUGAUAGUUUAAAAUGUACAUCUUUGCCUGAUAAAGAAGAUUUUUAUAACUCAUUAACUAACACAAAUGUUUCUGAUGAAAAUUAUAAACAUGCCCAGGACAUAUGGACACAUUUUAACUGUCAUGAUAUGAGUGAUUAUUCGAAUUUAUAUUUAAAAACCGAUGUGUUGUUGUUAGCCGACAUCUUUGAAAAUUAUAGGAAUGUUUGUUCUAAGACGUAUGGAUUAGACCCAGCACAUUAUUUUACUGCACCGGGAUUAAGUUGGGACGCUAUGUUAAAGUAUACACAAAUUGAAUUGCAGCUUUUGACUGAUUUUGAUAAAAUAUCUUUUAUCAAAAAAGGUAUACGGGGUGGUAUUUCCCUAUGUAGCAAUAGAUAUGCGAAAGCGAAUAAUAUUUUCAUGAAUGACUAUGACAGUCGAGUACCACCUUCGUUUUUGAUUUAUCUUGACGCUAACAAUUUGUAUGGGUGGGCUAUGUCACAAUAUCUUCCGACAGGUGAAUUCGAAUGGGUAGAAGAAAGUGUCAAUUAUAAUAUACCUGAUAAUUCAGAAUAUGGUUAUAUAUUAGAAGUUGACUUGAUAUAUCCUCAUCAUUUACACGAUUCUCACUCCGAUUUGCCUUUCUGUCCUGAAACAAUUUGCACGCCAAACAGUAACGAAAAAAAAUUAGUACCAAAUUUAAAAAACAAAAUAAAAUAUAUCAUUCACUAUAGAAAUCUUAAACAAUGUAUUGAAAACGGUUUAGAACUAACUAAAAUUCACAGAGCUUUAAAAUUCAAACAAAGUGACUGGUUAAAAAAAUAUAUUGAUUUGAAUACUUCAAUGAGAACUUCAGCCGUAACUGAUUUUGAAAAAGACUUUUUCAAAUUAAUGAAUAAUGCCAUAUUUGGUAAAACAAUGGAAAACAUAGAAAAACGUGUGAAUGUUCACUUAGUUACGCAAUGGGAAAAUAAUGGGAAAAUUCAAGGUGCACAAAGUUUAAUUGCCCGACCAGAAUUUCACAGUGCAUCAUGUUUUUCUGAAAAUUUGAUUGCAGUUCAAUUAAAUAAAACAAAACUUUUAUAUGAUAAACCAAUUUAUCUCGGCUUUUGCAUUCUGGAUAUUUCCAAAACACUGAUGUACAAGUUUCACUACUCAUAUAUGAAAAACAAAUUUAACGAUAGGUUAAAAUUGAUGUACACUGAUACUGAUAGUUUAAUAUAUCACAUUCAAACCGAAAAUUUAUAUAGCGACAUAAAGUCAAAUUUAAAAGACUAUUUCGAUACAUCUGAUUAUUCAAUCGAUAAUCGUCAUAAUUUUCCACUUGUUAACAAAAAAAAGAUAGGAUUUUUUAAAGAUGAAAAUAAUGGAAAUAUUUUCAGAGAAUUUGUAGGUUUACGUUCAAAAAUGUAUGCAAUCGAGGUAGAGAAUGAUUUUAUUGCUAAGGCGAAGGGCAUAAAUAAAUCUGUAACUAAGACGUUUCAGCUAAAUGACUAUAAAAGAUGUCUAUUUAAUCAAACCCGAAAAAUCGAUUGUAUGUUAAGAUUUAAAUCAAUAAAACAUGUCAUAUUUACACAAAAAUGCUCCAAAAUUUCACUGUCUCAUAAUGAUACGAAGCGAAAAUUAUUGGAAAACUCAACCGAUACUGUUGCCUGGGGGCAUUAUAAGAUGUCUGAAUAAUUUUUUAGUUUUUGUAGUUUUAAAAAUAGUUUAAGAUUUUUAACAUUGUUGUGUGUGUCUGUGUCUGUGCUAUGCUUCUGCAUA